AUGUCUGUUAUUGGGAGGAAGGCUGGUCUAGAAUAUCUGAUGAUUUUGAGAGACAGUGCGUCUCUGGUACUUGGCUUUUGCCUGAGCCUAGUAGUAGUCCCAAAUAGUGUAUCAGCAGAGAGAUGGUCGAGACAGGUGUCCAAUAGUGAAUGGAUACCUCUGGCGAAUCCCAGGUCACAGUUGCGACAGGAAUCGCAGAUUAGUCAGACAUCAACUCUGCCAGAGUUGAAUUUACCACCGCAAUUGAGACAGGAGUAUCAGUCGCAAUUGUUACAACUACAGAAGACUCAGGAGAGUAUUCAGAAACUGUUAUUGCUGCAACAGCAAUUACGAUCGCAGCAGCAACUUUUGCAGAAUCAAGCAUACCUACCGAACGUUGUAGCCCCUGAAGACGAUAAGCAGGCCUUCCAGCAGGGUUCGAUCUCUAACUCACGCAACAUUCCAGAUCUCGCCCCCGAGAUACUCACUCCCCCUCAACCACCCACCGAAACUGUCCCCCCAGUUUUUUCCCCUCAAGAAUUCCAUCGACCUCAUUCCGAAAAAUACGCGAUUGACAGACCGAAGGAAUCAGCGCAGCAAGUCUCCGGUCCGGCGAACACAGGCGAAAACUCCUCAAAUGAUGAUGAAGAGAUCCAGGUGGUUUACGUACCAGCGGAAACGCUUGCGCAACGGGGCCAUCAACACAAGGAGGAGAGAAACCGUGAUCACAAGCAGUUUGCGUUCCCAAAUCACCGCCAGCAGCAUCAGCGAUACCAAAUAGUCCAAACUUCUGAUCUCUCAUCACCUGAUGACAAUUCCUACAACCCAGACUACGUUCAGUUCCCCAAGGAGCCGACUAGAAGUGAUAACACCGACUUCUUGAAAGCAGUAAGAGACAGGGAACUGGAGAGACUCAAUGACCAGCGUCAAGAGAUCCAAAAGCAAGCGAAGAUUCAAGCAGCAGCUCAACAGCGUGAACAAGAGCGAGCACGUCAACGAGAUGCAGAAAAGAAGCGAAAGGAGCUUCUUAAAAUUGAAGAAGCUGCUAGACAACGGGAACUGGACAGGAUUAGAGAAGCUCGUGAGCGUCAGCGACUUCAAGAACUUGAACGUGAGAAAGAAAGAGCAGCCAAAGCAAGACAAGCGGAAAUAGAUCGACUAGCUUCUCUCGAACGUCAAAAGAAGUUAGAACUGGAGAAAUUAGCGCGAAAAGAAGAGGAACGAGCCAAAGAACUUGCUGAGAAGAGAGAGAAGGAGGCAUCUGAGUCAGUUCAACAGGAAUACGUUGGGAAUAGCUAUCACCAACAACACUUGACCGAGACGGGGAAGCAGAAACAUCACCGAAACAGGGCAAAAUCCAGACCUCGACCCCAUCAUAAAAACGUUCAAGAUAAUAUUGAACGAAGUCACGAUACAUCAACCCCAGCGCCAACCCCAAAUCAACCACCACUGGCUGUUUUCAUGGGUUCUGAUGACCUCAUCGCUCAAGAAGUCAAAGUGGUUGACGUUCUCCGAGUUUUAAGAGAAGCUAAAAGCAUCGCCGUCGUUGAUCAGGUGACUGCAGAAUCUCCAAAAGUCUUUGUAGGCCCUUCGAACUUGGACGUGCCCAACACAUACUCCAAAUUUGAUCUUCCCUAUUUGUCUUCACUAGACACGACACGAGUUGAAAGAAGAGUCGAUAAAUUACCGUUCUUUGUCGCUCCUUUGAGCUUCAAUCCACCACCUGGAUACUCAAAAAUUCCCUUUCCAGCUCCUCAUAUUGGAUCUGUUAUUGUCAACACGAUUGACGGACAUUUGGGAACAGGACCAUCCGGAGUAUCAGAAAACAAAUCUCACCCUAGUCCUCGACCCUUAAUCGAGCCCAAUUCAUUCUUAUCUCCUGGCCAAGGAUCAACUUACCAACCAACUUAUCAACCGUCUUACGAAUCCCCCACGACCCCAAGUUACUCGACAUAUAGACAAGAUCAUGUCACUCAGCAGUAUCAACCGACCGUGCACUUUCCUCCGAGUGCCAAUGAUAGAUUUAGAGUCCAACAAAAUGGACAGCAGCAGCCUCAACAACAGUAUCAGUCUACUGUGCAUCAUCUAGAACCAACAGAUGCGCCAACUGCUUCAUUAUCACCUUAUCAAGAAGAUUUGAAUGUUUCUGGUAGGCCACAGCGUCCUGACUACCCCGAGGAGUCAAUUCCAAGUUCUGUGACUCCAGGAAAUGCUUACAGAAAACCAUCGGUAGUGACGUCUUUCGAAUAUGAGCAGGAGACUGUUUCAACAACGCCGGUUUAUGAGAGCAGCUAUGUGCAUACGAGGGUUCAGCCGAACAGCAAUCAGGAGCUGACGGCUCAGCUAGCACAGAUCAAUCAGCAUGACUACUCGCAACACCGACAUGCUGACAAUGUUUUUGCGCAUCCGGCGCAGCAGGCAGGAGGGGAGCAGCAUCACGGACAUCAUCAUACCGGGGAGAGCUUCGAGUCUAAUGCUUCUGGAUCUUAUGAGGAUUCAGGGCGGGGCACGGUAAGUCCCGCGCAUUAUAACCUUCCGGCGGAACUUCCGCCGAUUCAUCCUCAACUUCCGGGGUUAGUGAACUCCUUGAUAGAGAACAAACAGGAGCGGACGACGACAACAACGACGGAGGCUCCGACAACUGAAGUACCGACGUCUACCUAUAGGACACGGACCCGUCACAGGGGUCGAGUUACUCGUCCACUUACAACAACGACGACGCCAGCAUCAGUGACGAGAGAGUCGAAUAGAAGUUCUCCCGAGAGGACAAGGAGACCUGUAAGUCGAUCACGAUCGAGGUAUACGACUACUACGGAGGAGUAUAAAGAGAGUUACGAGCCUACGAGAGCUAAAAUUGCAGGGACGACUAUGAAGUAUAGUACUAGUGAGUCCUAUAGGAGAACAUCUGCUCCAAAGAAUCAGAAGAGUAAGAGUAGAACGAGUGCACGUCCGUAUGAAUCAGCGCCCUUGAAUCAAAUUCAAAACACUCAGCCUCUGGAGACAGUCUCAGAUGAAGCAAAUCCUUCGGUGGAGUCAGGUAGUUCCCAGGGCGACAGUUAUUCCCAAUACAGCGUUCCCAUCUCUUCUGAAAGUCCAGAGAGCUCUUACACCCCAGAGAUUGACUUUUCGAAAACUGCAAACUACCCCCAGCCGAUUCCCUCCCACCGAGAGCAGAGACCGUUGGCUGACGACACGGGAAUCUCCCAGCAGCAUUACCAAGACAGAUAUCAAACUGGCCUGGGGUACCAGGCUAGUUUAAUUGACCAAAACGAUCAGUACAACUAUCCAAUUAAUCAUGAAGAGUCACAUUUGGGGGCCUCCCCGGCUCCUAAUGAUUACUACUACCCUGAUAAGAGUGAGAGUGUCGAGGCCUCAGGACAACAAGUUAAUAUUCCAACUGAGAAUCCAGUUUAUACUCAAAUUUUGGAGUACAUGCCUGGCACACACCCAGGAGGACAACAGGGAGUAUUAAGUACUGAGUAUAGCCAGUCUGGACAGUACUCGGGGGAGAAAAACAGUGGGAGUAUUGAGGAUGGACAUGGCUACACUCAUGAAAAUUCAUAUGAACCUGUUGAGGCAACCACUGAACCAAUCACAACGACAACUACUGAACCACCCUCGACAAUUCGACAACGAGUUCGUGGUCGGUUAAGCAGUCGCACUCGUCAAGACUCAGCAAUUCAAACUAGUCCCCGCGGCUCUCAGGACGAUUUUGUGCAGUUCAGUGCAGUGACCAGACCCCCAGGAAGUCGCACAUCCUCAUCUCGUCAACGUGAUACCCCUCGUCGUGUAAAAGCUCGUCCUCACAAUCAGGCUCACGUGCAAAGUGAAGGUGAAGGAUUCGUUCGAAUUCAGUCGUCAAACCGUCACAACCACCCGAAGACAAUUGUUCAAACUGGAAAAAUCACAACGACUACUCCAACCCCUUUAACCACGACAGAAGACUCUUCCGUUAAUUCGGAGGAUAUUGAGUACGGCUUUAUCAGGACUCCGAACUUCAAUCAGCCCCAGAACCAAAUCAGUAGCAAAUUCCGUGCCCCAGAUUCUCAAAUUCAACUGCAAAACGUUGCCCCAACCGACGAAACUGCGGAGGAUUCAAGUCCCAGUGUUACACAAGUGCCAAAACAUCGACAGAAAUAUCAAUCCCCCAACAGACCUCGACCUGACAUCAAAUCCACAGCUACCAGCAUCAUCACAACGACCCCAAGCCUUGAGGGAUUCACCAACAAACCCAAAGUGAGAGCUGAAGAGCCCAAAAACCGAAUUAGGACUAGAGUAAGGAGACCAGGUAACAGGAAACGUCCUGCAACGACGACAACCACCACCACCACCACUGAAUAUGUGCUGGAUGGAAAUAACAAUCUUCCGCUUGAUGAGAACUACCCGAGGAUACCCAUCCGUCAUGUCGAGAGCUCAGGCGAGCGACAGCUGUAUGACACGAGUUAUGAGACGUUACCGAAUGGAGGGGAAGGUGCUAUGAGCAGAGUUGAUUAUGCUGGAGAAAACUCGACACAUUUGGUUUUUUGUUGGGAUAAAGAGGAUUUCGGUGCCCGAGCUCAGCCCGGCCGUAGUUACUGUGCCCGUGGAAUCCAGAAGGAGGAACGGAGGCUCAAUCCCUGGAGUCAUCGAUGGACUCAGAUUAGCCCUGAACUGGAAGUCUAUCCUCAAGAUUUUGCACUAAACUUUGGUGGAAACUUUGAAACUGAAGAACAGCAGGAUGACACCCCACUCGCAAAUCCCACGAGGAAACAUCAAUCCCAUGGUCAUCGUCAUAGUCCUUCAACCGGAAGAUUGAGAGCAUAUUCACAUCACCAAACAGUUGCACCCGAGCGCGAUAUCUACGGUGCCGAAAGCCAGUGGUCAACAAAACUCUCGAAAUCAUCCUUCCAACCGAGUCUCAAUCAAUUAAACCAAGAUGAAGAUAAAAGCAUUAAUGGGGGAUCAGGGGAAACGAAGGAGGAAGGCCCGGAAAUUAUUACUGCCCGACCAGAGGAGGCAUUUGUCACGGUAUUAGUCACUUCUGAUGAUAAAUUGAAUGAUACGAAGAAGGAAAUUGGGUCGCAGGAAGUUUCAACCGAGUCCGUGGAUUUUGGCCAGAAUAUAUCGUCAGAAGGGACGACAAACAAUCCUGAAAUCAGCGAGGAAACUAAACCUCCUCUGAGAAAGACUGGAGGCAGAAGACGCCGAGUUAGAGUUCGUGUUCGACCAGCCUCCUCCACCGAGGACUUUGUCACCUCCGAGUCCCAGCAUAUAAACUCAGCUGUGAACAACCUGGUACAAGAUCCCCCGAAGCCCCAAAGUCGCCCAUCGACCCCUUACACAACGACAACCCAAGAGACCACUGAAGUACCCACGACACUUCCCCCCGAAAUGCCAAGUGUGAACGAAUCGAUUGCCUCCACCGACGAGACAACGAUCAAUUAUACCGAGGUCCCUGAGCACACAAACUCAUCAGAGUUGUCAGACUCCAAACCCAUGAAUAAUGAAGAAACCGUUCAAGUUAAGACCGAGAGCGAUUCAACUAAACCCCCGACAACUCCACAAACUUCACCAAAAGAUGAUACCAGUAAUGAGUCAACAAUGAACCCUGACAUCACAACAGAUUCACCUUUGAUGACGACAAUGACGGUUCCAAGAAAAUCCUGGGAUUCCACUAACGGUUACGCUGAGUGGUUCAAGUCCAAACAAAUGAAUUACUUCCCACGAUCACAAGAACAGUACGAAGACAGUUCUGAAUCUGCUGGAGACAAUUCACAUCCGAAGAACCACAGGAGUGAAUGGAGUGAAGUUCGAUAUCCAAAUGAUCGAGGACUCUUCGGUUACGGUAGAUCAGGCAGCCUCACUCCCACCACCCAACUUCCUGGGAUUGUAACAAAGUCCGUUGGUGAUUCGAGUGUUAAAACUUUAUCGGAUUACGUUCAAGCAAUAUUCGAUACCAUGAAGAACGCUGACGAGGAGAGACUGAUUGGUGACAAUGGUCAGGAUCUUUGGAAGGACGAGCAGAAGCCCAUAACAUCCACUGAGGUUCAUACCUCACCUACGGAUGUAUCGACGACCAUGGGAAUUCGAAGAUCCGAAAUCGAUGGGCUUGAAGAAACUAAAGAAGGGAAAGAGUUUGAAGAUUCAAAUGGCAAGACUGAGGAGAAAGAAAUGAGUGAGAAGGCAACGACAAAGGCAUCUUCUGACGUUGAAUUAUCCAGUGAAGUUUCUUCUGAGAAAGUUGAAGAGGUCUCAACGACAAAUCCACCUGUAUCGACGCCUGAAUCUCCCACAACAGUUCCAACUUCUCCAAAGACAUCCGAACCAUUCGAUGGAAAAUCAACAGAGAAGAAUGAAAAAUCAAUUUCUGAGCCUGUUUUGAAUGUUCCGACGAAGCUGGGGGCUAUCCUGCGGACAUCGACGACUACCAAGGUCUCUCAUAUGACAGAGAUAUGCUACAGGGGUCGUUGUGUUAUGACAAAACCACGACAGGACAAAAGGAGAUGAAGCUCUAAAUUAUUUCCUAUUAAUUCUGUAAUGAAGUGGUAAAGAUCCGAACAUUUUGUACCCAUUAUUCUACAAAAGUUCUGAAAUUAGCGGUUUCAAAGGAGUAUCGAACUCAAGUUCUUUAUCAUUUUUAACAUCAUUCUCUAUGACGUUUCACGUUGAAGACAUUUAUGUACAAAGAACUAAAAAGUUUACUUCGAACUCAUCCCAUUUUUCGCCACUUCACUAACGGAUUAUGGUCGUAAAUUCAUCGUUAUCCAAGUUUUUAUCAACGCAUCAUUCGACAUCAUCACAAAAAAUAUUGGUUUCAUGAAUUAUUCGCCAUUUUUCCGAUAACGAACGCGCAAAAUCGUCAUCAUUGACCUCAAUGCCAAAUUCAAGCGAAUCGAUUUUUAUUUCCCCUCCCCCCAUUUUGUAUCGUUUAAGCUCUAAAUUAUUCGUACUAACGUAGAUUUAAUUACCCGAGAGUAACUUAAGCUUAUGGUAAACUCUUGUGACCCAGUCACCUUUCUUGAUGGAAAACAAGGGACAAGUGCGUGUGGAUUUUUAUUUCCAUAUGAGAUAUCAUUCCAAGUGUGUCUACGUUAGUUUUAAUCAUUGCUGUAAUCAUUACUGUACGUAUUUAAUUAUAAUUUAACUGAAGUGCUCGGAUUGCUGCUGAUAUA